CGCCAAGCGACGCGCCAUUCUGAAAACGGCCAAAUGGACCUGCUGCCCGAGGAGCCGCACCGGCGCGAAGCCAACCUCUUGAGCAUCGAGGACAUUCGCUCCGAGAUGAUGCGGUAUGGCAUUCCUGCGCACGAGAGCGUCCCGAGCACGCUCGUGAUUCUUCAGCGCAAGUUUGACGACGAGUUCAACACGCAAAUGACUGCGUACGCCAAGAUCAUGGAGCGCUAUCGACGCAAGAAGAACAAGAACGAGAUGGCGGCGCGCGCCGAGCGGAUUGUGGCCGAGGACUCGGCCGCGCUCGCUGCCAACCCAAAGAUGCGCAUCCUUGUCGACCAGGUGCUCGCCCACGAGACGAACGCGAGUCUCACGGUGCGCGGCAUCGAUGACGCCACGUGCCGCGCUUUUCUGCACGCGAUGGAAGCCAACAAGUCGGUGUUGACUCUCGACUUGUCCAACAACGAGCUCGGCGAGAGUGUGGCUGAGGCCGUCGCGGGGCUCCUUCGGCACAACCGGUCACUGCAGACACUCGACUUGGGAGCCAACCACUUUAACGCGAGUUCACUUCUCGUGAUCGGCCCGGCGCUUGCCGCCAACAAGGUGCUUUCGUCCAUCAGUUUCGAGUCCAACCCGCUCACGAGCCACAACAAUGCCGUGGACCUCUCGGGCUUUGAAGUGCUCUGCUCCAACGUCUUUAGCAACACGACGACGUUGCGGUCGGUCAACUUUUUUCGUUGUGGGCUCAAUGUCGAGGCCGGUCGGAUGCUCUCCAAGGCGCUCCUCUUCAACGAGUCGGUGAUUGCGCUCGACAUUGGCUGCAACGCCAUGGCUGACAAGGAACUCGAAGUCAUUGCGAUACAGCUCGAAGAGAAUCGGCUUGUCCACGACAAGAUGCAAGCCAAGGUUUACGCACUCAAGAAGCAGGUCGCGGCCGACGCGGAUGCCAAGUACGACGCCAAGUGCGCGCUCGAGAAGGCCGAGACGAUCGCCAAAUGGCACGACGACAACGCCGCCGCGCGCCACGCCCAGUACGAGCGCGACGCGAUUGAGGCCGCGCGGCACAAGUGCGAAGAACACGCGCGCAUCCAAAAGCAAAUCGCCGAGAAGGAGGCUGCGCGCAAGCUCAAGGAGGACGAAGCGCGCUUGAAAGCCGAAGCCAAAGCCAAAAAGAAGAAAAAGUAGUCACCAUUGCGAUAUACGAGCACAAGAAAUGCAUAAUUUGUUCUUCGAA